GUUUAAGCUAGCACGCCCUCCCCCCAUCAUUCAUCAUCCGGGGGCCAUUACCCAGGCCGAACUUUCAAGGUUAUUGUGCCUGCUAUCCCUAAUAUUCCCUACUAUUACAUCUCACCAUUUCUUCCGCUACACUGUCGUUGGGACAUCGUCACUUCGUAGGGCGCAAACAUCCCAUCGGCGUAUUUCCAAACCUCGACUGUCCUUCUAUCCUGCCAUUCCAUCCACGCCGUCAGUGCCGACAACGAUGAGCUACCACCCCGCAUCCCGACCUGUGGGAUAUCGUGAUAGUCUACCGCUGCUCCCCCACACGCGACCUACGCGUCCGUGAAUCUCCGGCUCCUUUCGUCUAGUCCCACCCUGAUUGUAGAAGUUGUGUUAUCGUCAUUACCGCCACCAUGGCUAUGUUCUUCCAGUCUUUCAGGAACUCCAGCAUGCCCAAGCGGCUGCUGCGGUACACCUUAUCGAAGUUAGAUUACUUCGAUACCGAUGCGUUAGAUAUAGACCAGUUGGAUUUUGCCGUGGGAAUGAAUAAUGUCUUCACCUUGCAAGAUGUUGGAGUCAAGCUACAGAAACUAGAACAGCUGCUUCAACUUCCACCAUCGUUCGAAGUUCGGAAAGCCAAAGUCUUGCUGCUCCGAAUUACUAUACCUUCCGCCAUUUAUACGAGCCCUAUCAAGGUUGAGAUCGAUGGUGUUGAGAUAAAGCUAAAGCUUGCGUCUAAAGACGAAAGCUCUAAAGGUGCAUCGCAUAAAAAAAACAACCCCCUGUCAACUGAAGAGGACGAUCCUGUACCACAUGCUAUUGACUUGGCCCAAUCGUUCUUGGAUACGCAGCCUUUGAAAGAGAAGGCGGAACUUCAAGCCGCCCUCGAAGCUGAAACCCAAGACCUCGGUGCCUCCGUGACAAGCAGUGAGGAUGGGAGCGAUGAUGACUACCCUUUAGGAACUGGCCAACCGCUUUCGCUACCAACCUUCCUAGCAGAUUUCCUGCAAGGCAUAGUUGAUCGAUUGCAAGUCUCUAUUAAGGGGGUUACCUUCCAUUUAGAUGUUGAACUUCCAGUUGAGCAGAAUUCCACCGUUCCUGAAUUGGUCACGUUCCAACUUGCUAUUGAUGAUGUAAAUGUGGAAGGGGUUACGACGACAGCAGACGAGACUACCGUCGAUGAUGGGCCCAAACCCAUGCUUAAGGAGGGGAAGCGAUUUGUCGGAUUAAAUAAGAUUCGAGCAAGUUUGAUAUCCGAGGCGAAUGUUUUCUCCAAUCUAGCGCGAUCACCGUCGAUUCCUUCGUCGUUUGCCGCUAACUCGCCGACUGUUACGAGGCAACAGACCAUGUCGGAAGAGUCUACUUCACCAGCGAUGUCCUCAUCGGAAUGGCGCUCCAAUGCUGAUAAUCUUGCGCAGAGUCAGUAUCAGCGCUCUCUUAUGGAUAGUGAAGAUGCCUUCAACAUACCAUAUGAAUUAAGUGGAAGCGGAUCGAACGCAGAACAGGACGAAGAUGUAAAAUCAGCGCCGUCAACUCCGCGGGCCCUGGCGCCUCGAAUCCCACUGCAAGAUGAAACAGAACCGACUUCUUCCUUACCUACAGCCCAGUCAUCCAUUAAUACAGCCCCAGCCCCUUGGUCGACCUUGGCACGUGUUGCUCAGUCUGAACCAGCUUUAGAACACCGGGAAAGAUGGGGAGAGGGCUCUGUUGAAUCGACCAAGAAUAUUGAAGAUCGGCCCCCAGAAUCUGAUGGGAGCGAUGGGACGCCUUCCUUGGGUGACGACCUUGCACGGUCUCACUUGUUCAGCCACGAGGAAGCUGAGAGCAUGUAUAUGAGUGCCUUCUCCAAUGCAGCAUCUUCCCAGACGAGCCAUACCGCUCCAGCUAUGCCUGGCGGCUGGGAUUCGGAGCCUUCGAGUGCAGAGAACUCGCCAAAGCGCGAAAGCCGGACUUCACCAUCAGGUUCUCCAAAGCCUACGACCGUAUCCGACGAUCCUUCUGUUGAUAAAUUUGCUUCCGGGCAUUUGCCGCGGGAUACCGAGUUAGAAAGUGAUCCAUUCCUUGACAAUCUCGAGGAAGCAAGACAUUCGCCUGAUCACGCAUCCCACCAUCAAGAGAAAGAAGAGGCCCCGGCGGAGGAGGCAGCUACGCCAAGAGGACCAACUCGAUUGGUCAAAGAACUCGUUUCCUUAAGUACCAUCUCACUCUAUAUCCCUUCAAAUCAUGAACACAUACAAGUUGCACGUGCCGGAGAAGAGCCAAGCCCCGGACCGCCCCGGACACAUUUAGGCCGAUCGGUCUCUCCAAAUCUUCCCGGGGCGUUCUCUAUCCACGCGGCCGACCAGUCAAUUGCGUCAAUUGCGUCAAUAGCUCCAACUCCUGGUACAACUAACCAUGAAACCACAACUGAUAAAACACUAGAAGUGAUAAUAUCGUCCCUAGAAAUACGUUCCGACCUAUCCACCGGGUUCCUACUGGUUUUGGUCGCAUCGCGAAUCCUUUCGGCUUUGAAAGAACAACCCCCUCAAACUCGUUCUAAACAGAAAGCAAAGGCCGAUGUUAAAAGUAGCCCAUCAUCCAUGCCCAACAUCAAGAUUGCAGCAGAACAGAUCACUAUACACUUUCUUGAGAAUCUAGUCGGAAUUGCUGAUACACCUGAACGGUUGUUUAACCCCGGUCCUACUUCGCUUAACGCCGACGCCAUCCUUGGUGCGACUAUUCAAGACUUGAACGUAGGACUAUCGGGAUCAACAUCCUCUACACAAACCUCGAUUGACGUGGGCAAGUUCAAGCUUGGAUACGAAAAUGAUGAUAUCAUUUCCUUCGACCAGCGUAUACAAAUGCGAGCUUCUGUAAGGGAUGCGUUCCCGGCCGCCGGUGCCGAUAUCUCUCUCAAGGUCACCCAGACAUCUGCAUCAACCAGAUGCGAAGUAACAACCUUACCGCUCCAUGUCAGAAUAGAUCUUCAAAGACUAGAUGAAACCUUCAGUUGGUUCGGAGGUUUGAGUGGCUUCCUAAAUAUGAGUUCAUCGAUGACUUCAAAUACUUCCCCUCCUCCUCCUCCUCCUCCUCGCAGUCCCCCGAAACCGCCGCCAAAGCAACGAGGAGUGAGGUUUGAUGCGCCUAUUCGCCCAGACGAUACGUCCGCAAACUCCGAGAAUAAAAUGAACAUGAGACUCGGCGGCUUCCGCUUAGAGCUUGUCGGGAAGGAGUGUAGCGUAUCCUUGGAUACGAGUGCCGUGAAGUUAGUUAGUCGGGAGGAAGGAGUCGGUAUUGGUAUUUCAAAGAUAAACCUCGCAGGCCCGUAUAUGAGUCGUUCCAUGGGCGACCCCCCCAUAAAUGCCGUGAUCACGAAUACUCGCCUGGAAUACCUCACGACACCAAAAGACAAUGACCUUGAACGACUUUUAGAGCUCAUCAUACCAUCCAAAAACAAGUUUUCCAAGAAUGACGAGGAGAUAAUGGUCGACACAUUACUUCGACAAAGGAGGAAAGGUGCUGUAUUACGCAUCAACGUAGACGAUCUAGAAGUUACCGUCGAGAAGCUUCAUCAUCUCCAAGUGCUUCCUGCCCUGGGCGAAGAGAUUGCCCGACUGUCGACUGUCGCUAAAUACCUGCCCGAAGAUGACCGGCCAGGAAUUCUCACGCUGGGUCUUGUCCGUAACUUGGAUGUUACGGUGGAUGUGGGUGGAAAAUUCGGCUCCGUGCAAGCAUCUAUGAAGGAUGUGGAGGCUGGCCAUAUAACCAUUCCCUCUUUAGUCGCUAUAGGGAUAGGAUCCAUCUCGAUACGGCGGAACCAUACUGAAGAGUUAGUCGGAACAGCCAUCUCUUCCAUGGAAAAGGUGAACCAAGGUCCCGUCUUGACUAUGAGAAUUAUUGGAGAUGAGAUGGAACCAGUUAUCAAGAUCAGGAUGCGGAAUCUAAAUAUCGAAUACCGUGUGCCGACCAUUAUGGACGUAUUAGAUCUCGCUGAAGAUACAACACCGCAAGACUUCGAAGCCAUCCUAGCAGCUUCCGUCGCAAACCUUGGCGAACAUGCUCACGCAGCUAUCACGGGGAAACCUCAAGUCCGUUCUCCCAUGUCUAAUGAGGGUGGAAACGGAGAUGCCAAACCAACAAAAGUUGACUUCAUUCUUCAAGAUUGUUUGCUAGGUUUGAAUCCCCUUGGGCUUACGUCCAAGUUGACUAUCGUAUUGACCGAUGCUCACUUUGAAAUUGCUCUCUCUAAUGGGGACGAUGCAAAGGCGCUAGGUCAAAUAAAUAGAGCAUCCGUACUUCUCAUCGACGAUGUUUCGAUACUAGACUCCAAGGAGUCUUUGUCAACGACUCGAAGGCGCAGCUCGAAUACUCCUACUCCACAGGUGGUAGAAUUAUGCCAGCGAGGGUAUGUCGAUAUCUGCUUUAUUUCCUCGGCAAAAGUCACGGUACAAAUAGGCCCUAAUAAAAUAGACGGCAAUAAAUGGGUUGACGUUGAGUUGCGAGAUGAUCUCCUCGUUCUCGAGACUUGCGCAGACUCGACCCAAACCCUUAUUGCCCUCGCUAACGCACUCGCCCCUCCAACGCCACCAAGCAAAGAGAUUAAAUACAGGACAAACGUAGUCCCUGUCCAAGAUCUCCUCGCGUCCAUAUCCGCGGAUGCGUUCGGUAAAGCUGAAGGCGAUUACGACUUCGAUAAUGACUUUGGAAUAGCACAAGAGCUUGGUAGAGACGACUAUAGUGACUUUGGAAUCGGCGACUCCGGCCAAUCAAGCCCUCUCGCAGUUGAUUCCCGUUACUACGACGAGCCUUCAGUUGAAGCGCAGCUUUUCGACGCAACGGAUUCCAUGCUUUCAGAAAGAACAACAGCACAGGAUACGACCGAUGGUGUCCUGCUCACAAAUUUCAGCAGCCAACCAGAUGUACAGAGCGAUGAUGAGGAUCUGGCCAUACAAGAUAAUUACUUUGGGUCAGGAUCCAUCAUAGAAGGUACCGCUCACCGAUGGAAUUCUGCGAAGAACGAGUACGAUGCAGCCAACAACGCCAAGGUGCAGCGUAGUCCCCUGGCCGUUCGCGUGCGUGAUGUUCAUUUCAUAUGGAACCUCUUUGAUGGUUAUGAUUGGACCAGUACCCGCGAAGUCAUCUCGAAGGCUGUACAUGACAUCGAAGUUACUGCUAUCGAACGGCAGUCACGCCAUGACCGGGCUCGUGCGAAUACCGAUAUGGAGAUAGUAGAAGAGGAAACUGUCAUCGGCGAUUUCCUUUUUAACUCGAUUUAUAUAGGCAUUCCAGCAAACCGGGAUCCUCGGGAGCUUGCUCAGGCUAUUAACCAAGAGCUAAACGACGCCGCUACGGAGACAGAGUCGAUAGCAACGACAGCAAUGACUAUCACUCCAAGUCGUCAAGGCAACGCCUAUCGUACCAAGAAGAAACUCAAGCUAAAUCGCAGCAAGCGUCAUAAGAUCACCUUCGAGCUAAAGGGUGUGAAUAUAGACCUAGUCACAUUUCCCCCUGAUUCCGGAGAGACGCAAAGCUCAAUCGAUGUUCGAAUUAGAGAUCUUGAUAUUUUCGACCAUGUGCCCACGUCAACAUGGAAGAAAUUUGCGACCUACGAUCAAGAUGCCGGUGAACGAGAGAUGGGCACCAGUAUGGUCCAUCUAGAAAUACUCAACGUCAAGCCAAUUCCAGAAUUGGCAGCAUCUGAAAUCGUAUUGAAGGCUUCACUCCUGCCUCUCCGCCUGCACGUGGAUCAGGAUGCCUUGGACUUCAUUACACGAUUCUUCGAGUUUAAGGAUGAGUCUGCUCCUGUCCAUGCCUCGCCUAGCGACAUACCAUUUGUACAAAGGGCGGAAGUAAACUCAAUACCCGUUAAUCUUGACUUCAAGCCAAAGCGUGUCGACUAUGCGGGGCUGCGAUCCGGUCACACAACCGAAUUCAUGAACUUUUUGGUGCUUGAUCAGGCACGAAUGGUACUGAGACACACCAUCAUUUACGGUGUAUCAGGGUUCGAUAGACUCGGAAAGACACUCAAUGAUAUUUGGAUGCCUGAUGUCAAGAAAACACAGCUUCCAGGCGUUCUUGCCGGUCUUGCCCCUGUCCGGUCUCUUGUUAACGUUGGGAGUGGCUUCAAAGAUCUCGUUGAAAUCCCUAUCAAGGAAUAUAGGAAGGACGGCAGAAUAAUUCGCAGCAUCAGCAAGGGAGCUGUCGCCUUCGCGAAGACUACGGGGACGGAGAUCGUCAAGCUUGGGGCCAAAAUAGCUGUUGGUACACAAUAUGCUCUACAGGGCGCCGAAGGUGUCCUUGUCAAGCAGCCGGAGUCUCGUGAUAUCUCAGGAUGGGACGACGAUGAAUUGGAUACCGAAGAACCGAAACAAAUUAGUCUGUAUGCUGAUCAGCCAACAGGCGUAAUGCAGGGACUAAGAGGUGCAUACUCUAGCCUUGCCCGUGAUCUCCACGUGGCAAAAGACGCAAUUAUAGCGGUCCCUGGGGAAGUGAUGGAGAGUCAGAGCGCACAAGGAGCUGCCAAAGCUGUUCUUAAACGUGCUCCGACAAUCAUUUUCAGACCUCUCAUCGGCUCAAGCAAAGCGAUUGGGCAAACAUUGAUGGGAGCUACGAACGCAUUAGACCCCCAGAACCAGAGGAGGGUAGAACAGAAAUAUAAACGAUAUUAAUAUUUAUCUCGGGUGAUACCCAGCAUCUUUUAGGGAACGGAGUACGGAUACAACUUGGGCCUUGCUUACGCUUACGUUCGACAUUUGCAUGGCAUAUGACACGACAAUGCAUCAUAGACGGCGAAGAAAUUGAUUUUUGGUUGAUGCUAUAAAUCAUGAAAUUGGCAGGACUUUGCAAUUUUGGGUUACAAUAGGGGUUCGGGGGCAAACCUCACCUUAGCAUGUUGGUACUGCUUUGAAUUCACCACUAAUCUGUACUUAAUGGACAGAGACGCAUUUAGAACGUCAAUGAGACGUUGCCUGAUAUAAAUCUCAAUAAAUUUGUAGUAGAGCUGAAGCGAAUAGUUACUUGCGAGUGUCGAGUUAACAUUAUAGAUGUAUUAUUAUUAUGUAGUGGGUAGCGGAUGACGGAUAUAUCGAUAUACAACUAUGCUACAA